UUGUGACGUAACAUCCCCAAUGUUCUAUGUAUGCAAGCCGUCAACUUUGAAAAGGAAGAAGUGUCUUAAUGCGGCGAUGGAGGACGAGGCAUUAAAGACUACUGAUCACCUUUUUUACGACAGACUGUGUCUAAUGAUCCCCGAAGUAGCCGAACCGCAAAUAAAUCUUUUAAGAUUGUUAUUCCUUUUGAUCUAUGAUUUUGUUUGCCGUUUUUCCCUACUUUUUUCUUUUAUUCCCAGGUGGACUUUCGAACUACUGUAUAGUUUUAAAUACUAGUUUCGUUGCUUAGUUUGAAUUCUUGAAAGGUAUAUGUUUAUAUUGGGGCAAUGCCCGUAAAGCUCGGCUAGGUGGCAGCAGAAUGUUACAAUAAGCCAUGCCGGAUAUCUGAACAGAACAGAGAAGAAUAAUCCGAGGACAUAGGACGGAAACAAAAAACAAAACACGGAAGACGUUUAAGUGGACACGUCCGUGAAGUCACAAAAGUCGACGAGAAGCAAAUUCGUCCAUCAUAGCUCAUUAGACUGGAAUUUAUCCUGGAAUUUAUCAUACCCGUGGCUUCUCUUCAGUUUUCCGGGUGUCCGAGUUUUCAAGACAAAUUCUCCCAGAAAUAUAUUCUUAAUGGAAAUGCUCCUUUCUUAACUCCCCCAAAUGUGAAAGAUGAGCCUCGUUGAUACCGACGAUUGCUUCUUUUUUUUUUUCCCCUGGGCAAAGCGUCAAGAAAAGACUCCAAGUUACUGGCGCGGCGGAGCGAUUUGCACUCCAACUCCAGCUCUAUGGUAUCGCUCCAGGAAGUGUCAUGGAGCCCUUUCGUUCGGCUCUGUUCCUGUGGAAACGGUUGCUAUGUAGACGGCGUCGACAACCUUCCCAGGCGGCGGCAGAGACCAAGGUAGCCGGCCGCAAGAUGAAUCAAGCGGUGACCGUUGUUCGGCCGCUGGACCACGCUGGGAUCCGGUAUCGCAGGAAGAUGGCUCCCAACCGGGCUUUUGAUUUCCUUUAUGAUCCAUUGUAUGAGCUGUCAAGUGAAAAAGAUCAUGCACAAGCAAAUGUCCAAGCUCAUCUUAUUCAUGAUGAAAUGGUAGGUGAUUCUAGUUUAAAACUAUUUUUCAGAGCACUUAUAGAUGAAGAGAGAGAAUUGGCUAUAAUUAUAGUACAGAAAUUAAUACGAGGCAGAGCUAUCCAAAACAUGAUGUUUGAAGGAAAGGAAAAGCGUCUAGAAUUGAUUUGUGAGUUACGAACCACACAUGCACUUCAGGAAGAUGGACAGUUGUUGAAGAAGGCUGAAAAACAAGUGACUUUGGCCUUACAACGGCAGCGGGAUUUGCAUGAACAUAAGAUGUCUGUCAUGGAAAAGCAUUUGGCUCGUGUAGAAGGAAGAGUCCUUGCAAAUAUGUUGGAUUUCCUCUCUAAAGAACUGAUUCGACUACAGGAUGAGCGGAGAAUCCAUGCUUUUGCUAUGUUGGCAGAAAGGCAGCGCCGAAUGCGGGAAGCAGAGGAAAGUGGACGUCGACAGGUGGAAGAGAGACGCAGACGUGAAGAGGAUGAGAUCUUUAGACAGGUUGUUAAAGUACACCAAAAAACAGUUGAUUCAUAUUUAGAAGAUGUUAUCUUGAACAGCAUGGAGAGUACAGCUGAAGAACAAUCUAGGGAAGAGAUUCAGAGAAUGGCUGUAGAAAUCAACAAUAUUGCUUAUGAAAUGGAAACACGCCAGAGUAAUCUACAAUCUGAAGAGAUUGUGGCAGAGCUAGUUUAUAGCUUCCUGAUCCCUGAAGUGAGAAAAAUGACCAUUAAGGAGAAAGUGAGGCAGGCUCAGAGAAAGCAUAUUCAUGCUGCUCAUCAGAUUAUCCAUGGAAACACAGAGACAGCAGUAGAACAGCUCUUUUCCACAGGGUUUCAACAGGCAACCAGUGUAGAUAUUCCUCAGAUCGGAUUGCUUUCUGUUACACCUACUGGUCAAGAUGUUGCUAAGCAGCAGGAAAUCAAGCCACCAGACAGUCAAAGCCAGCAAGAUAAAAUGUACGAAGACAGCCCUUGCAUUGAAUCUGCCAGGCCUCCUGAACAAUGAAGCAAAAAUAGGGUAGGUUUAGACCAAGGUUCUUUCUUACAUUGCCUCCUCAAGGAUACUACAGUGUGUCUAUCUAGCAAGUGAGUGCCUGUCAGUCAGCAACACUGUCAA